UGAAACACACGUAUGUCGGACACGCUUUCAAAAAUGGCUGCGUGCAGUAUAGAAGACGUGCUUGCUAAAGCUGAACAAGAUGAGGCUGAAAAACUCAAAAGUAUCACCGUUCAAAAAGAACUGGACCUUGAGUUUGACAUCGGAAACCUGGUCGCAUACGACAAGAACCGUAUUGACAUUCGACAGUUCCGUGAACAGAAGAAAGACGAUUUCCUGCGCUCGCUAGCUCGUGACAACACGCAGCUCCUAAUCAACGAGAUAUGGAAGCAUCCCACAGAGAGAGUAGAGGAGGUAAUCGUAGUCAAAUUACCCGAGCCGACCACUGCACUGCCGAGAGAGAAGCCCCCACCGAAGCCCAGGCCUCCAACCAAAUGGGAGGAAUUUGCUAAACUGAAGGGGAUCCAAAAGAAGAAGAAAACGAACCUUGUAUGGGACGAUGUUGCCAAAGAGUGGAAACGGCGUUGGGGCUACAAGCGUGUUAAUGAUGGCACGAAAGAGUGGCUGAUUGAGGUCCCCGAAACAGCCGACCCCAACGAGGACCAAUUUGCCAAACGGAACAAAGCCAAGAAGGAGAAGGUUGCAAAAAACGAGCUGCAUCGCCUGAGGAACAUAGCCAGGGCACAGAAGAUCAAAGUACCAGGUGUUGGACUCACACCGACCGCGCAGCAAUCCAAAACUGACCUGGUUAGGGCUGUCAAUGUGGCCAAGGUAUCCACCGCUUCCGCAGGUAAAUUCCAAGACCGCCUACCGAAGGAGAAAGCUCCCAGAAACACCGGGAAGAAGAGGAAAUUCCAGCCUGUCAUUGGUAACUUUUCCAAUGAAAAGCAGAGGCAGCUGGAUCUGCUGAAAGUGAUGGACAGUAAGAAACCUCGUCUGGACGUCAACAAAGCUGUAAACAAACAAAUGCGAGAGGAUGACCGAGAGGAGUCUGCAGCGAAAUUUAGGAAGGGGGCGAAGAAGGGACGCAAGGGUGGUAAUUUCUCUGGAAAAGGAAAGGGUGGGGGUGGGAAGCGCAAAGGCAAAGGAAGAGCAGGGGGUAAAGGUCAAGGACCACCUGGAGGUAAAAAAGGAGCUGGGAAACUAGGGAAGCGCUAAAGGGGAACAUUUGGAACUUUGUAUGUCGUACAUUAUGUUUCCCACCUGCAUGUUGUCAUGUUGCUGGGAGUGAUGUGUCCAUGAGCUGUCUCCCCUUAAUGCAGGUAAAGUGCAAUAGGGGGGAGGGGCUUCUGUCCCAUCAUGCAAAUUGUAAAUAGAUCACCCAUGACAUUGUGUAAAAAUGGUAUAUGGUGUUGAUUUGCCUCGUGUCCACAAUUUGUUGUAUAUUUCUCAAUGCAAUGUGUAACUUUUGGGUACAGAGUUAUGUUUGAUAUUUUUCAACACAAUUAAAAUCAACUUCAUAAA